AUGGUCAUGCUCACUUUUUUCCUCCUUCUUUCGUCGUUAUCCAAUCAUGCCAAUGGAGGUGCUGUCGAGAUAGACGUUUGUCAUAUGCUUGUUCCUGUACCUCAACAAGGUGCGGGACCAGGCGUGGGUGUAGGUCCAGGUGCAGCUGCACAGCCAGGAAGUGUUCGAAGGCCUACAGUACCUGUUGAAAGCUGCCAAGAUCGUGACGCGCCAGCUUGUUCCGAAAUAUUCAAAUAUGAAGCUGGGGAAAUACGCGUACUCGCAGAUAAUCUUUUACCGUAA